UGAAGAGCUACUUCUGAGGAAAUCACACCAACAGCCUCUCAUUGUUUUUAUUUUUACAGCAAAGAUAAAAUCUCUGACUGAAGGAUUAUUUUUGCUUCUGGAAAACACAAUUUCUUCUUGUGCAAAGAAGAUGAAGAUCAGAGCACAGAUGGAUUUGAACAUCAUGUUUCUCCUGACCCUUUGCACCCUCAACAAGCUACGGGUGGUGGCGACAUCUGAAGAACAGUACCAGGAUCACCCAAAUCAUCUGGCUGAACCAAAGCGGAUGCAGGACCAAAUUCCUAUGGCCCAGUUCCAAUGUUUCCAGAGGAUCUUGAAAGAAUCCCACAAUGUUACAAAAUCCACUGCGGAACCGAUGUGCAACACGACAUGGGAUGGGUGGCUGUGCUGGGAUGAAACUGAAGCUGGAGUGAAAGAACAGAGCUGUCCAGGCUACUUUAAGGAUUUUGACACACAAGCGAUGGCAUCUAAAGUCUGCACAGAGACGGGCGAGUGGGGUCUCAACCCAGAGAGCAACAAAACGUGGACAAAUUUCACCAACUGCAGAGCCAACAUUACUCAUCAUGGGACGGCAGCAAUGACUCACUUCUACUUGAUUAUGAUUGGACAUGGACUAUCACUUGUCUCACUCCUGAUAUCUUUAGGAAUAUUCUUCUAUUUCAAGAGUCUGAGCUGCCAAAGGAUAACUCUCCACAAAAACCUUUUCUUCUCAUUCGUGCUGAACUCAGUCAUUACAGUUGCAUGGUUCUCGGUAAAUAAAGAGGAUUCUGGCAGCUGCAAGCUGCUUGCAUUCAUCCAGAUAUAUAUAAUGAGUUGUAACUACUUCUGGAUGCUUUGCGAGGGUAUCUACCUACACACUCUGAUUGUUGUGGCUGUGUUUGCAGAAAAACAGCAUCUCAUGUGGUAUUAUCUGCUGGGAUGGGGUUUCCCACUUGUGCCAGCAGUCAUAUAUUCAAUAGCGCGUCACUGCUAUUACAAUGACAAAUGCUGGGUCAGCUCAGCCACUUCCUUGCUGUACAUUAUCCAUGCUCCCAUUUGUGCUGCAUUAGUGGUGAACUUUUUCUUCUUAUUAAACAUCGUACGGGUUCUUAUCACCAAACUACGAGUGACGCACCAGGCAGAGUCCAGCCUCUACAUGCGGGCUGUGAGAGCCACCCUCAUCCUUAUCCCUCUGCUCGGCAUCCAGUACGUCCUGCUCGCAUAUAAGCCACAUGAUCACUGGAUCACUGAGAUCUACCUGUACAUCAUGAAUAUCCUCAUGCAUUAUCAGGGUCUCUUGGUUUCAACAAUAUUUUGCUUUUUUAAUGGCGAGGUUCAGACAGUUCUUAGAAGACACUGGAAUCUGCAACGGAUGCAGUUUGCUGGAACUUUCGCCAACGCUGACUUUUUCCGCUCUGCUUCUUACGUGGCAUCGUCCCUCACAGAAGUCCACCGCUGCUACAGCACCGAAAGCCACAUCGAACACAUAAAUGGCAAGAGCUAUUCAGAUGUAUUCAGAUCGGACAGUCCUUUUGUGUGAAGACAGUGAUCGACGUCCAGUGUUUACUCUUUUCUUCCCAAUCCGAAGUUGAAUGUUUUGUCAGGGUUACGUGACUGGUCAUGGCAACUUUGUACACACUUUUUUUUCCUGUGAAUAUAGCUUCAAGAAGAAGGUGUUUCAGUUAGUUGUUAUUUCUUCCUGAGGUCAACAAUAGUCAUUUUAAAAUCAGAUGGGUAGGGUUGGGAAGGAAAAUGCAAUAAGGGUAUUGAAGUUAUUUAAGUUGCCAUUCUUUGGUGUUUCAGCAAAGGUGGCUGAAGUAAGAUAAAUAAAAAUCAAAUAAAGUGAACUUUUUUCUGUUAGAUUUCUUAGGUAAAUGCAAAAUUAAGGCGACUUGUUUAUUUAUGUAUAAGCAACAGCUACAGAACCUUUAGUUUGGUCAAGCUUUCUAUUUUCUUUUCUCUUGUAUGAGAUUGUUCCCAAUGCUGGAGACUGAUUGUGAGGGAGGGGGGAGUGCAUGUGUUUGUACAGAAUAAGGCAUAUAGUGAAGAAAAUAAUAUUGAUGUGUAUAUUGUAAAUAAUUUUUUUCAGUUUGUUAAAACACUAAACACACUGUAAUGUAUUAUGUACUGUUUUACUGAUAAGUAUUCCUUGAUAGUAUGGACAUUUUGAGAUUAAUGUAAGUAAGUAUGUGUUCAGAAACCAGUUUAGCCAACAAGCAUUUGCACACCAAGUCUUUAUUUUCUGUAAGUUUUUCUUUUUCUCUUUUUUUUUAAACUGACAAUCAACCAGAACUGUUAUGUACAGUGAAUUCAACGUGUUUCAUUAAACUAUCCAUUUAAAUAUUCAUAACAUGAGACAGUA